AUGGAUGAAUUUACUGAAAAACUUAAAGAAAGAAUCAACCAAUGGAACAAAACCACACAAAAGGGAAGCGAGAUGUUGGAGCAACUUUAUAUUCAAGAUCAUAGUUCUAAUAAAUCAAAAUCUACAAUUAAAGACGAACAAAUAUUUAUUGAGAACGGAGCUAAAACAGAACUUUUAUGCAACCAAUUAGAUCUUAUGUACACUGAUUAUAAUCAAAUGAUCAAACAGUUGGAACAACAGGAACAAGAAAUAGAAGUACCAAAACAAGAAAAAAUACAGCGUAUUGUUCAAUGUCUAUCAAUGUUUGAGCAAGAAUACAAACUAAAAAAGACGAUUAAUGAAUCAAUCCAAUCUGGGUCGCCUCCUCCGACAACAGAGCAAAUUUCUACAGUUGUAUUGGCGGUGUGGAAUACGCAACCGUAUAUUAGUGAGAAAUUGAUCAAGGAAAUUAUUUAA